AUGAGCCAGACUUCCGAAGAAUUUAAAGAUUUUGAGGAAAACGACUUUGGAGAUGAUUUUGGAGAUUUUGGAGACCAAGUUGACGUUGAUUUGGAGUUGGAUUUGCAAUCACCCGAGUUACAAGUUAUUCCAGAAAGACAAGUAGAUUUUAAUAGCCAGAUUCUUACAACAAAUAGUGCAAGAAGUAUUUAUACACAGCUACACACAACCCACCCACCAAAUCCACUUGAAUUCGUUUACUCGCUCACGCGUAGACAAUACCUUCAAACAUUGGGGAAACCUUUAAAUUUGGAUGAGAUUGGUUUGAACAAGUUGCCACCAUUACAAUUAUCAAUAAACCCAAAUGAGAAGAUUUUACCAAUUAAACCAAUUGAGACACAGCCACAACUAGGUAAAGAUCCAGAUAUUGAUAUUGAAGGUGUUUCAGAUGAGAUAGAUAGAGUGGACUUGAAUACACUUAACUUGGUUAAUGUGGGUGUGCUGGUGAAGAUGCGUGAUAAUCUACAAGCACAUGAACACUCAAUCAACGCACAACUCACUUACAACCUCGAGCACUUGGACAGCUUAAAGAACGACAAUACAACAUACAACACACUAAUUUCAGACCUUAUCAAAGAAACAAACGAUAAACUCAACAAGAAUACCUCAAUGAGGUCAAAAAUUCAACCAAAAUCUAUAAACUUGAUGGAAAGAACGGGCAGUGCUGGAUUAUGGGGAGUGAAUAAGCUCCCAAAGACGCCUCCAGAGAGAGUAAACAGUCCAGGUGAGACGCUUAGUGGAAAUCGAGUUAAUUGGUGA